GAGCUUUGCACCAUGCUUUGAAAGUUGUGGUGGUGGAUGAAUGUUUUGGGAAAUUUUAUAAACACGUGUACAAAUGUUGUAAUAAUUUUUCGUAGUUUUGAAUUAUAAUGUUAGACGAUGAUGAUCCGGUUAUGCAGGAGAUUCCAGUAUAUCUUUCACGAACAUUGGCAGAGAAAUUAUUUCUUUUUCAGUACCCAAUCAAAAAGUCAUCAAUUGGGUAUGAUGGCGCAAAUGUUAUACAGAGUUGCAUCAAACCAAUACAUCAGGAGGUUAAACUUGAAUUGGAGCUUGACACUUCCAAUCCCAAUUAUGACACCAGCAAGGGAGAACAGAUAGCACUGAAUGUGGACGGAAUGUCCAAGGCACCUUUGAAACAUGAUAAUCGAAAGCAGGAGGAUCCUAAAUAUUUUCAAGGUACAAUGAUGGACAAGCAAGUAUUGCAGUCAACAAGAGCUGUAGUAGGAUGCUCUCAGUAUGCAAUUGCAGUUGUGAAUGACAAGGAGUUGCAUGCAACUCCACUUCAAGGAAUUGUACACCUGAGACCUUCAUUUGGCUACCUUGAUAAGUCUGAUAAACGAGCAAAAGACGAAUCGAAGGAAAAAGGAGAUGGAGAAAAUGAAGAUGAAGAAGAAGAAGCAGAACAAGUUACAGUGAAAUUUGCACGUCAGGAGAAUGACAGAUUGAAACGAUUAAGAGAGCGAUCAUUUGGCUACUUAAGCAAAAAAAGUGCAGAAGAACCAUGGUAUUACACGCAGUACUUUGGGAGAUUCUCAGAAAAAGCAGAGUUGGAGAAAGCUCACCUUUACUGUGAACCUGCUCUGACAAGUGCUGGUGAUACUGCACAGAUGAGCUUGGCAAGAAGUGAUUACACUCGCUUACUAGUUCCACCUCCUGUGCAGGAAGAAUACCAGAAACAGCGGCAAGUGACUUCAGAGGCUUUGUCUCUUGUUCAAUUGAAACAAUUGCCAAUGGUAGAUCAGGUUAGGCAGCUGUUAUUACGAGCAAAAAUAGUACAGUUCUCACAGUUGCUGUCGCUAUUGGGUCAAGAGAGUGAUGUGGCUGGUCUGCUGCGUGCCAUACAGCAGUGUGCUGUGUUAGUCAGAGGAAAUUGGGUGGUACGCAGUGACUUGCUGUAUCCAAAGGAUAGUUUCAGUGCAUCUGGCAAAGUUCCUGCAGAAGUGAUGUGUCGGGCUCGUGACUAUAUUCUACACAGAUUCACACAGGAACGAUUUGUCCAGCAGGAAAAGGUACACAAAACUACAAAUUUAGGAUCAGAAGAGUUGAAUGAAAUUCUCUCACAGUUUGCGAAAACUAGAUCGGGCAGAGGCUGGGAAUUGCUGCGACCAUAUGACAAUGAUUUUAUUACAAGGUAUCCAGAUGUCUUACAAAGACAGCAGAUGAUGUGGGAAGCCAAACAAAAGCAGCUUCAGGAGAGCUUUUCAUUGCCCUCUACUCCAGCAACAGGACGAACUCGCCAGCAGUCGACGAGAGAUUCAGACUCUGAUGGGAGGCCAGUUCUGUCAUCACAUUCUCGUCAUCGACCAUCAGGUGAUUCUGAUGCAGAAAUUACGACUACUCCAAAUAACCGACGAAAGUCGCACAAAGAUUCUGACAGUGAUAGUGGUGCAGAACGACCAAACCACAAAAUUGCUCGUUCAUUUGCAGGGGUUAAAGUGAAAGUAGAGCCUUUAGAAUCGUGACCCAUGUUUUGUUUUGACUGAUUUUGAGUUGCAGAUUUAUUUACUGUACUAAAUAUGUGAUGUAAAUGACAGAAUAGCUGAUGUGACUGUUUUGACAGUGAUUAUAAUUAUUUUGCUUAAUUGAAGUUGUUCAAAAGGACAUGUGAUUUUUGUAUUUGGAACAACCCAUCCAGAGAGGUGAGAGAGAAGUGUGUAAGCAGCAAGUGCUGCUGUAGAUGUGGUACUUCAUCAAAUAUUGCAGAAAACUAUUUGUGUGAGGCAGUUGAAAGUGAUAUAUUUAUGUGAUUGUUAUUGUUGUGUUCAGAUUAGUGCUGUCAUUUUGUGAAAUAUGUAAUUUUUAAUUUAUUUUGUGGUACAAUAAUUUUUAAGUGAAUCGAUGUGCUGUUGACCAUAAUGGAAGCUGCUUAACUGUAUGAGCUUCAUAUGUAUUAUACUUUCAGGUGUGGAUGUCGUAACCCAUUUUGUUUGUAAAAAAUAGUCCCUGCAUGAAUUUCAGAUUUUUUUUUCUGCCAUAUGAGUGAAUAAUUUUGUGAGAAAAUGGAGCUUUGUGCAAGACUAUAGACAUUGUAAUAUUUUCCCAGUGUACAUAACAGUGUGUGUUGUGGUGUACAGCUUUGAAACAGUGCUUAUGUUUCAAUUCUAUAAAUGAAAUUGAUGUACAGUUAUCUGUAUUAGUGACAGAUAUCAUAACUUCUAUUUCAAAAUUACUCAGCAGCAAGAUGUGACGUAAUUGGCAGCCCUUCCCAUUAUAAAUUUGUCAAAACAUUUACACAAUAAAAAUAUUGUUUAUCUU